AUGCCUCCAGUUGACGUUUUUCACUCAUCUUCGCGAUCCCACUUGGACCACCAUGGUCGACCAAAGCCUACGAAAAGGAUCCCUUAUGACGAAGACGACGAAUACACGCUGAGUUCCUACGGAGACAUUCCGCGGGCAAACACGCUGUUCGUGCCUACACUGCCUUCCCCAGUGUCGAAGAAGACCCGUGCCAGGGAUGAGCGACCUGUAACGCCUCCCCCGAGGAACGCCAAUCCUGCCACAGCUGCAAGUGCGUCCCCACUCAACCCGUCGCCGACAGCCGAGUUCCUUUCCCUACCCAACUACGGCACCAUUGUAGCGAGGCUGAAGAAGAUGAGAGAACAUGUCAAGGCAAAGGAAGAAAGUGUAGUCCAGGACCGGGCGGAUCAGCCUGAUCACGAUGACGCACGGGCGGCUGACACCAUGACCAAAGACCAAAACAAGCGCCCAGAGACGAAGAUACGAGCUGAGAAUUCGAACAAGGCAGAUGAUUCAUCGAACUGGCUCACCUGGAGCCUCAGAGGGCCGGAGAAGCGCCCAGAAGCCCCGCGCAGUACCUUGAACGACGUCCAGCAACUUCGGACUGCUCGUCCCAUCCGCCCUGCCCUGCAGAAAGCGCGAUCGUCGUUCCUGCGGUAUGACCCUGGAGAGUAUCGGGGACAGAGUAACAUGUCGUAUAGAUCUGCUAUCAACAGAAUGAGGUUCAAUUAG